AUGGCGCGAAAAGAAGCAAAGCCUAAGAUCACUCACCCCGAGGCUAUUGAAAAGAAAAAGGUCAUGGUCAAGCACCUAAGAUCGAUGUACGAGACGGUCAAUACGUUCAAGCGCUCCAUCCCAAAUAGCUACCUUGAAACACUGGGAAUCAAAUUGCUACCCUUGGACCUCAAGCGACCGUCGGGUAGCAUCAACUACUAUCGACCGCUCCCAAAAAGCGAGUAUAACUCUAGGUCAUUUGGCUCCUUCCAUCCAUUUGCGAACAGUGACAAUAAGGACGAGGAAGAUAGGUCGGACAGUAACGACGCCGUGCUGGCCAAGCUUUCGAAUCUUUCAACCAUUAUGGGAAUGCUGUGGCGCGAUGAUCACAGUCACACGCAAUGGCAGCGAGAUUACGUCAUCCAAUGCUACCGAGAAAAACCACGCCUCAGCCUGACUGAGUAUGCUAAACUGGACGGAGCAGAAUACACCUGGAUCACAACCAAUCGGAUCCAAACAGCUUCCGAGAUGUAUCCGCACUGCAAAUGUGUAGUCAUACAGGAUGUAGAGCCCGACGAGGAGCUGAAACGAAGUGAAAUUCUCCCAAUCCUUGUUAUCAUGCGUUGGAGAAUGAGUCUGUAUUACUACCAGCAACAUGAAGUCUUUCCGGUUGAAGUCCUGUCCGUCUAUGGUGGGCAGGCUCGCAUCCUUAUAGGCUACUUUGACGGAAAACACCUCUGCAUUCAAAAAAGUCCGAUUUACGACAUCGGGAGCGAGGGCCUUCAGAAUUGGAUACUGCUCAUGAAGUGGUGGUUCAGUGAUGCUGCAGGGGAUACUACCCGCCUUCCAUCUCAAGAUAUCAAAGACUCGCGAAACCUUGCUGUGCGUCCCGCUCCUGCGCGUCAGGUAAGGAGUGGGCGGUGA